AUGGUUGCGCCUGCUGUGCCUGAGAUCUACGAGGAAGAAGAUACCGUCUUCGCCGCAAUCGAUGCUCGCACAGAGGCCCUGCAGACUCUCCGGGAACUAGGCCCUCCGGACCUGGUCUAUCUCGUGAAGCAGUCCAAGACUACCCCCGCCCGCCAGACUGGCGUUUACCACCAUACUACAGGAGUCGAUGCUUCGUCGUCAGCGAGUCUCGCCGCAUAUGUCAACACAUUGACCUACACUCCCGUUGAUAAGCAGCACAAGGUGGUUUCUGGGAUUUAUUGCUGCUACAAUGCUUUUUCUCACUUGGACAUGCGCGUCGAGGUCAAGAUCCCCGGAAGUCUGGAAAGCUAUUGCAUUGAUGAGCGAGGAGAUAAGCGAGUCGCCACUGAAGCCCUUUGGCUUGAGACCUUUUUGUGCGCCGUUCUCAGAGCCUAUACCUAUGCCGACGAUGGGUCGGGUGAUUCGAUCAAGAAAAUAGUCGGAGUGCGCAGGUUUAACCCGGUGACAAACACGGAGAUGGAACACAAGUUUCUUGAUGCUGCGGAGAGACUGUUUUUUAUGGGACGACAACUAAGCUCAGACCCGGAAACACAAGUUCCCAAUACGGUUGCCAACCAUUUGACGUCGGGCCUUUUGAAAUAUAUACACACGACCGGUCGAUAUGUAUCGGGCAUUAACUUGUUCGAGAAGUUGCGAACUAAAGAUGUGGAGGUCUCGUCGCUUUUGGCGCGAGUUCUUAUCUCAGCGGACGAGGAAGUUCAGGCAGUGCGACUCAUGCACGACGCGCUACAAGACGUGCCAAUGGAUUACGCUCUGCUUGACUGUCAGGCCACCUUUUGUAUGAGCAAAGGAGAGGGCGAAUUAGCCCUCGAGUGCGCUAAGCGCAGUGUUACGGCCGCUCCCAGCGAAUUCAGCACAUGGGCUCGGCUGGCUGAAGUUUACAUCUUCCUCGAACGAUGGGACCUGGCUCUUCUGACACUCAACUCAUGCCCCAUGUUCACGUACCAAGACAAAGAUCUUCCACGUAUGCCGCAGCCGUCGCGAGUGCUUCUUCCGAUUCUGCCCGAAAGCGUGCUCGAUGAAAUCGAUGAAGGGCAGCCUAAACAAGGAGACCCUCACGAAUACGUGCAUCCCUCUUUGCGAAAGUUGCACGCAACAUCAUAUCAGGGCACGUUUAAGAAAGGCUACGACUUGCUCACCAAGAUUGCGGCCGCUGUUGGAUGGGACGAGCUCCUGAAGAUCCGUAGCGAGGUGUUUGUUAUGGAAGAGGAGUACCGGGUCGAACGCCACCACGAUACGGGUCAUUCUCAAAAUGCCAGCACCGUCGCUCUUAACCCGCCUAGCCCCAAUCCUGAGACUAACGGACAUAGUACGGAGGCGGAAGAGGAAACGGAAAAGGAAACGGAAAAGGAGGGAGAAGCAGAAAAGGAGGGAGAAGCAGACAAGGAGGAUGGAGAGGAGGCUAGCGAGACCAACGGUGAUGCCGAGCAUAAGGAGGAAGAUGGCCCCACGAUUGAGAAGCCAGAGCAGACAGUGGCAUCAGAGACAGUCAAAUCAGGGAAUGAGGAUCCGGACCCAUCGCAUUCGAACUACACGCAGUUUCAAAACAAGCGACUCUGUGAAAGAUGGUUGGAUAACCUGUUCAUGGUACUGUACGAAGAUCUACGCAUCUACACCAUCUGGCGAUCGGAGGUUGCCCAGUCACGCCACCAGUCGAUCGACUACAAGAAGUCACCGACAGAGUGGGAGAUUCUGGGCGAGCUGGCAGAGCGACUGCAUCACUUUGACGAGGCGAUUGACGCAUAUCGACAGUGCCUGUCCAUUCGUUUUUCGCCCAAGGCGAUGCGCGGGGUGCUCAAGCUGUACGAAAAGCAGGGAGACACUCGCGGCAUGCUCAAUGCACUGAUCCGGCUGGUUGCAUGGCAAUACCGGUGGUAUUCCGAGUUCUCGCCCGAGUUGCUAUUCUCGAUGCGCAAGCUUAUUGAAAACGAGGGCGCGGUCAAGGUGCGCAGCAUUGUGCAGGCGACGAAUCUGCCCCAGCCAGUGCUCGACCUGACACAUCACUACUGCCAGCUGUGCGCGACGUUCCGCAGCACUGGCACUGAUGUUUGA